AUGUCUGUGCAAACAUCCCCAAGCUCGCGUUCAACUCGCAAGAUUACAGUUCUGUACUUUGCCGCUGCGCUCACGGCGACAGGCGUGCAAUCCGAAACCAUCGAUCUUCCUUCUUCAGAUAACGAGGCAACCUUUCCAUUAAGUAAACUGGGCGAUCUUUUGGUCCAACGUCACCUGGGCACAAAUCUCGACGCUAUUCUCCAGACGAGUCAAUGGAGCAUCGAUGCUGAGAUGGUUGACGAUACUGAGAGUGUCAUGCUGAGGGGUGGGGAGGAAGUUGCUGUUAUUUGUCCUGUUUCUGGUGGCUGA